AGACUGAGCAGCCGGCGCCUGCGGCCAGGGCCAUCUUCCCGCCUCCUGCCUGCUCACGCGCCUCCUGCAUGGUGCGGGCUGCUAGCUGAGCGGCGGCGCCGGUGAGGCGUGACGGACGCGCCGCUCGGAGUCCAGGCUUUCCGUCGCCGGCACUUCCUUCUGCGGCGCCCGUGCGUGGCCGGCUCGCCGGGCGGGAUGGCGGCCGCGGCCCCGGGAAGCGGCUUUUCUGCGGCGCCCCGGCUGGUUGUACUCCUGCUAGUCCCGCUGCUCUGGGCCUCGGCAGGUGUCCGGGCUGGCUCCGACGGAGACCUUAGCCACCGGAACAACGACCCCCCGGCGCCCGCCCAGCAACUGCAGGCGCAGCCCUUGGCGGUGCAGGGGCCCGAGCCGGCCCUGGCGGAGAAAGGAUCUACACCAGUUGCCCCAGUUCAUGCCAAUAAAGAAGAUCCAGCUACUCAGACUAAUUUAGGGUUUAUUCAUGCAUUUAUUGCUGCCAUAUCCGUUAUCAUUGUAUCUGAACUGGGUGACAAGACGUUUUUCAUUGCAGCCAUCAUGGCAAUGCGUUAUAACCGUCUGACUGUGCUGGCUGGAGCUAUGCUUGCCUUGGCCCUCAUGACGUGCUUAUCAGUUUUGUUUGGCUAUGCCACCACAGUCAUCCCUAGAGUGUACACAUACUAUAUUUCAACUGCAUUAUUUGCCAUUUUCGGCAUUCGAAUGCUUCGGGAAGGCUUAAAAAUGAGUCCAGAUGAGGGGCAAGAGGAAUUGGAAGAAGUUCAAGCAGAAUUAAAGAAGAAAGAUGAAGAAUUUCAACGAACCAAACUCCUAAAUGGUCCAGGAGAUGUUGAAGCGGGUACAAGUGCAACAAUACCUCAGAAAAAGUGGUUACAUUUUAUCUCACCAAUUUUUGUUCAAGCUCUUACAUUAACAUUCUUAGCAGAAUGGGGAGAUCGCUCUCAACUCACGACAAUCGUUCUGGCGGCCAGAGAGGAUCCGUAUGGUGUAGCUGUGGGUGGAACAGUGGGGCACUGCUUAUGCACUGGAUUGGCAGUAAUUGGAGGAAGAAUGAUAGCACAAAAAAUCUCUGUCAGAACCGUGACAAUCAUAGGAGGCAUCGUGUUUUUGGCAUUUGCAUUUUCUGCACUAUUUAUAAGUCCUGAUUCUGGUUUUUAAUGAAGUAUUUGUUCAUCUGUAUUUAGUAUAAGAUAGUAUCUUGCUGUACAUAGUGUAUACUACAACUAAAAGUGAUGGAAAAUACUGUAUUUUGUAGCAUUGAUUUGUGAGUUCGACCCACUUAAUGAAUUACCAUGUGCGGGAAAAUGAUCAUUGAUUAUAUAUGUAAAGUGAAUUUUUAAAAGAAGCCUGACUUCUAAGUGUGGUAAUGAUUGUAUGGACUUCCAAGGUAAUGAUGCUAUGGACUCCUUCGUUUGGUAUGUCUGCUACCAUGGUGCACUGGGGUCUUCACUUAAUUUUCUUUUAGCAUGACCCCUUUAUAAGGAGUAUAUACUUUUUCCUUGGCCACUGAGGUGUCUUAAGAUGCUGACCUCAAAUUUUUUCUUGGGAAUUGAAUUCAUCUGCAUUUCUAAAAAUAUUUCCUUAAUUUGGAAAACAGUAGUUUAAUCUUGAGACUUUUCUAAAUUAGGUUCUUUGUUUAAAAAAUAGAAGUCAAAUAUGGUAUUAGUAUUAUAUCAGUAAAACAAUGCAACAAGAACUGUUUGUGAGAUUCACUGUUCCUUUUUUUAUUGGGUAGGCACCCAAUAUAAAAGCAGUCAAUAUUUGACAACAUGGAAUUACCAAAUUAAAAGAGAAUACUAUGAAUGUAUUCAUAUUUUUUCUAUAUUGAAUAAACAAUGUAACAGAUAAAAUGUAAAUAAAAGUGGUAUGACCAGUG